UUUUUAAUUGUUUAACUUAACCAAAUCACUAAUAAGUAUGUAGAGGAAUAAAGCGGUCUUACAACAAACCAUAUUUACGCCGCCGCGAAAAUCCUGCACACGUUUACCUGAACGUCAUGACGUCAUAAUCCACGUGCAUGGAACUUGAAUUGGGUUUCUACUUUCACUUCAUUCGUUUAUAAUUAAACAGAAUGACUUUCAUUUGCAUUGAUAAUUUAAAUUUAUUUUCAUAUAUUAGUAUAGGGAAAAUAUCAAGCUUUAAAGGGAGUUUUUUCACCAGCAGUGAUGAUGACACUGAAGAGCUUGUAGAGUCGUUCCCCUUGUCCUGUCAGCAGUAUACUGUCCCAGCACAGAACACAAACAAGAAAGGAGUGGAUAAAAACAGAUGGUCAAAGGAAGAGGAUGAUAAACUGAAGCUUGUAGUGGAGCAGGUGGGAGUGGCAGACUGGAGUCUUGUGUCUCAGUAUUUCCCUGAUCACUCUGAUCUCCAGUGUCAACACCGCUGGUACAAGGUGCUCAACCCGGACCUCAUUAAAGGAGCCUGGACUAAAGAGGAAGAUGAUCAGGUAGUGAGCCUGGUGGAGCAGUUUGGAGCCAAGAAGUGGACAGUGGUCUCCAAGUAUCUCACCGGCCGCACGGGCAAGCAGUGCAGAGAGAGGUGGCACAAUCACCUGAACCCCGACAUCAAGAAGUGUCCCUGGACAGAGGAGGAGGACCGUCUAAUCUAUCGACUCCAUCACACGCUGGGCAAUAGAUGGGCAGAGAUUGCUAAGUUCCUGCCUGGAAGGACUGACAAUGCAAUAAAGAAUCACUGGAACUCCACGAUGCGCAAGCGCUAUGAAAAUGACCCCGAGAUGAACCAGGCCAUAGAUGUCCUGUCUGUCGUACAGCCAUUGCAGUUGACCCCAGGGGUUGCCAUCAUGUCAGAGCGACCUACCCUGGAGCCGAUCGCACUCUUUAAUGAUGCGACCAGUGUGGUGGAACAGAGGAUGAAAUUUGACCACAAGUUGCCUGAAGUGACUGCCAGCGGUGGAUUCAGUGGACUGACCACUCUAGAACUGGUCAGUGGGACGAACUCGGACACCGGUGUCACCCCCAUCAAGUUUACGGCACUUGGAGAGAAAAAGAGCUACCGUUUUGACGGUCACGCCAUCAACCAGUUACGGAGCCCCAUACAGCUGAUCCCCAUCACGUCUCCUGUCACUUCCAGGCUCUCUGAGCCAGCCAUACUGAGGGGAACCAAGAGGAAGAGGAUACGGCCAAAUCAUAAGAAGUUGAAGUGUAAAAAGAGUUCGAGCCGAGUAUCGAAGCAGUUGAAAUGGCAGAGCAUAGUGGAGGAACUGGACCGUAACCAGGGCCUGGCUAGUCCAGGGGCAGAGAACAUUGACCCCGUGAAGAACUUGUUCCAGCAGUACAAGCACAGCAGUGACCUUCCCGCGAAGUUGGAGCGGAAAAACUCUGGAGGGUUCUGUGUUCAGCAGGAUUGGGGGGUGGGGACGGGUAGUGCAAGUCUGGCUACCAUGGACAAUCAGUGCAACAUGUUGAAUGUUGCUGGCAGUGACGUGUAUAGCAAGUGUGCCAGUGGGAGGGACGUGGAGAAGGGCAUGGUCAAGUGUGAGCCUGGGCAGGACUCUGACAUAGAGGAGAUUGUUUUGACACUUGACAGCGGGCUGGGGGGCUCGGACUGUGCUUCCAGAGGUCAGGGUGUGUUCAGUGACGAGGACAGUGACCCCCGGGCGCCUAGACACUCCGGGGUUCUCACCCCCAAGGGUACACCCAUCAAGAACCUGCCCUUCUCACCAUCACAGUUUCUGAACUCUCCGGAGAUCCCCUAUGGCAAAAUGACGUCCACCCCUGUGUGCAACAAACAUAACUCCUCUUCCUCGGGGCAUGGCUCCAUUCUCAACACACCCGACGUGAAACUCCGCGACAACAGUGUAAGUAAGACACCGCUGGUGUCUCGGUCCCUGCUCCAGGUGACCCCCCGCACCCCCACACCCUUCAAGAACGCCCUCGAGAUGAUGAAGCAGGCACAAAACAACAAACACAUAGGAAUUAGCCCCAUCCACCUGGAUGAUGUGGAGGCCAUGAUACGAGAGGACACUGGCUACGAGGCUGACAUGUCCACCGCCACCUUCACACAUGCCAGGCACAACAGGAAAUUCGCACGGCUGUCAGUGCCCGGCCCUAGGGGCGCCCGUCAGUCCCUCGGUGAGAAGUGGCCAGCCACUAGCUCCAGUAACCCUAGCAACGAGUUUUCUAGCAAUGAGUCGCUUCUCCUGUCACCUGAGACUCCGAGCAAGUCCCUGAUCGGAGACACAAGUCUCCUGUUCUCUCCACCCUCCAUCAUCAAGGAGACGCUGCCAGACAGAGAGCUGGAGGACGCAUUCACAGCCCGCAGCAAACACAUUCCAAAGCCAUCCAGAAAAUCCAUUAAGAAGAUUCACUUCACUGAAACUCCAACAAAACGGACAAAAAUUGAGUUAAACGCCAAGUUUACUGAGGUUGCAUGCGGGCUGACUGCAGACCAGCGUCUGAUGACGGAGCUGGCACGGAGAAUCACCAAUUCUUUGCAGCCCCGAGCACUGGGCUUCCAGUUUGAGAAUGCUGUGUGAGCAGGGAACCGUCGUGUGGUUAACAUUGGAGUCAAAUUCUGGGAAAACUGGGCUUAAUGCAUGUGCGUAAAGUGUCAUCCCAGAUUAGCCUGUGCAGUUUGCACAGGCUAAUCAGGGACAACUCUUUUCACUUCUAUAGAAUUUUUUGUUUAAAUGAAGUAUGUUUGAAGCGAAAAUACUGCUUAAAGUGUUCUCCCUUAUUAGCCUGUGCAGACUGCACAGGCUACUCUAGGACGAUACUUUAGGCACAUAAAUUAAGCCCAGUUUUUCUCAGAAUGUGUCUUAAUGUGGCUAUGGUGGUUAUUCUUUGUGAAGGCUAUGUGAAGACAUUUGGAGAUCCUGUAUUAUCACUGGCCAAGGCGUAGACAGUUUGAAAACACAAUGUGAAGGAAUUCAACUGGGAGUCCUGUGGAAUGUUACAGUUGGAUUCUGGGUAGAAAAUUCUGUUGUUUGUUCCUAGUUGAAUACGCUGGAAGUACUACCGUCCCAUUAUGACUGGCACCAUGUGAGGUCUUGUGUGUUCUGCAAAAUGUGUUUGCUUCCAUUCUCACAAACUGGCCUAUUUGUGUAAAUAUUAAAUAUAAAGUGCAUUUAAUAUAUUUCAAGUGACAUUUAUUGUGUAUAUAUGGGACGGUCCGAUGGACAGCUGUCAUUCAGCUUAGUUUUCUUACUUUGAACUCGCACAGUCUGCAGGAGCUACCCCAAGAGUGAUUGCACAGCCUGGCGUGGAGCUACGCCUGCUACACAUGGCAUAAGAUCCAUUUUUGCAUGAAGGGGCUCGUUUAUAUCCAAGCUUUAAACAUUAUUUAUUUAUUACUGUACUUUGAUAGUAGUUGUAACUUUUUGAAGCCCCAUAAACACUCAAAAUCAACAUUUGUUUUCUUUAAAAAAAAGUUAACCCAUAAAAAAUCAAUAAGAAACACUGAUUUUUGUAUGGAUUAGCAUUAUAUUUUUUAAUAUUUUACGAAAUAUUCGUUGAUUUUGAAUGAUUAUGGGGCUUUGAAAGAAGGCAGAAGUAAAGUGUAAUAGUAACUCUGUUAGUGUCAUAUGUUUCUAUGAACGGUCUUUCAUGUUCAAUGUUGAAGUUGUCACCUUCCCUUUAUAAGCAUGAUAAUGUGAUUGUCACUUGUGAAAUUCUGUAGACCAGCAAUUUUCAUGACUCAAUUAUUUUAUAUUGGUACUAACCAAAGAUAAUGAACUGUGGAAACUGUUGAUUAUUACAUCAGUGCUCCAGCUAGGCCUUAAUGAAAGGGCACUCCGCCCUGCCCUUCCAAAGCUCCGCCCGGACCUUUUUUCUAUUAAAAAAUAAUAUUUUUUUUAGACAUAUUUUAAUUUAAAAAUCUCAUAAUACAUUGUUAUUAAUUAAUUCCUCAUUAUAGACAUUUUAUUUGCAUGGUUUAAUAAUAAUGGAGAUAAUAUAUUCUAACAAUUAUUAAUAAUAUAAAAAUUACUAUGCAACAGGGAGCAUUACAGAUACGACUGCAUGCUGGAAAGUGCCCUUUUGACAAAAUAGCACACACACACACCCCCCUGCCCUUUUCAAAUCCUAGCUGGAGCACUGUACAUUGUCUAUGCUGUGAGUGAAAUAUUGUUUGUAUACAUACACCAAGAAUGGCAUUAGUUUAAAUUUGAGAUUUUACCAACAUCAAUUAAUUGAAAAUAAGUUACCAAUCAUACUUAAACAUUAUUUUGCUCGAUUAAAUUAUUUCUUUACUUACCUAAGUCACAUUUUAUUUUCACCUCAUUACAGGUUUGCCUCAAAUAAAAUGACAUAAAAAUUUUACUCCAACCUCUGAAACAUAUAACUGCACUAAAAUGAAUCUGAUAUUUGUUGGUGUUUUUUUUUUAAGGAUAAAAGUGAAUGCUUUUAAUAUCCUUUAUUUUGUUAUACUUUCAUCAUUUGUAUGUGCAUUAACAUUCAGAUGUAUUAUUUUGUCAAAAGCUAAUAUCUGUCUUAUUUUUUGUGUUAAUUUAUUUGUGUUGUUUUUCACUGAUGACAUGGCAGGUAUAUAUAUAUACCUAUUAGAGGCUAACAAACACUAGUUAUGAUCAUUCUGUUGGUAGAGUUAUUAAUGUUUUGUUGUGUUGUUUCUUUUGGAGUAUGAUUGUGUUAUGUUUUGCUUUUUUAAGAGUUUUAUAAUAUUUUAUUUCAUCAUUGUGCUAAUUAUAAACAACUAAUUGAUAUAAUUUUUUGGUAAUAAUUAAAGAACAUCAAGGUAAACAAUAGCAGCUAAUAUUCAUAAAUGCUAUUGUGCGUUUUUAUGUGUUUAUAUUUAAUUUUAAGUCACUUUUGAGGCUGACUAUUAAACAACGUAUAUAACCUUGAAAAACGCUUAUAAAAAACAUUUCAUUCUUUUUCUUUCAAAAAUGCAAAUGUAUGUCUAUUAUACUGACCUGGUUGUUCUACAGCAAAGGGUACAUUCAAAUUUU